CCGACGUAUACUGUGGCGAUGUAGGUCCAAGUCCUGUCCUAAGUUAUUCGUAAGUUAGUAAGGUCCAACGUCGGAUUUUAGGCCUAUGUCAUCGUAUUUUAUUAUUUAGCGACGCAGUUUCUGAUAUUUGAUAGAUAGUUCUGCUUCAACAGUCAGAUGAAGUCGAAUAUAAGGCCGAGAAAUUGCAGCCUUUGUCCCAAGCCUGGAAAUCUCGGUUGGCCUGAAGCCUAAAGCUAGGACAGACCCGUUUGAACGUUUAUUUGAAACUGACAGCCAGAAUGCAACGAUAUGAGAUGCUUGAAAGGCUGGCCCUUGGAGAGAAUUCUUUAAUGCACCAUAUCCCCAAUGACCAGCUCUUGGAGCUCCCAGAUGAAAUCCUGCGGCAUAUUUUCCAAUACUUAUCCAUGCCCGACCUGAUUGCAGCAGGGAAAGUCUGUCAUCGAUUUCAUCAACUGGCAACAGAUGAUCUCAUAUGGAGAAAUAAGUUAUGGGAAAACCACAUCUACAAUGCAUUGUCUCAGCUGAAUGGAGUCCCCAAGUCCAUCGAUGUUGUUUUUCACGAUAUAGAGUUUCCUACCAAUAUGAUGCUCUACCAAUUCCUCCACAGCAAGUCACUCAGGAAGUCAUCAAAGGACGAGUCCAGUUCGCUGUGGAAAAUUCUGUGGCAGAGAUUCUAUUCUGUUGUCCUUGUCCAUUGGCAACCUCCCCCCAUGCAUUCCACUACUCACUUUGGCAUGUUGGAAGAUCUGAUUCCAAGUUUUGUGCUCUUGGGACCAGGACUUGAGGCCCCAGGAACCAAGGAGAUUGUGUACUGUCUUGUCAUGCAGCAUUCUGUAGAUCUGUGUAAUGGGAGGCUGCCACAGUACACAGGCAUUGGCAGGGGUCUGGGCUAUGGUUUGAUGGUGAAGGUUGGAGAGAGAAGUGUGAACAUUUUGACCUUGUACAGUAACAGUCAAGGGGUGAGAGAGAUUCAACACAGUGAGAGUCAGCGCCUCGUUCAGAGUCGGCUGUUCGAGCCGGUAGACAGGGAAGAAGGCUUUGCCAUGAGGGAAUCCAUGAGGGAUGUCUGCCUGGCUGCUGAUGCCAUCCUCUAUGCUGUGGAUUCCCAGAGUCAACAACUGGGGAGGCAGGAAUUGAAGAUCAUCCUAGAUGCCCUUCCAGACACUAAGCCUUUGGCUGUGCUUUCACUUACUAGAUCAGACCCAGAAUCUCAGUCAAAACACAAAAAAAUUCUUGAUGUCCCUCAGGAGCUUGGGCUAUAUGAGCGCAAAAAUCCUUGGAGUGUUUCCCACACCUGCGUUGCAGACCCCUUGCCUGGAAUGAUUCACCCAAUCGAGUGGAUUGUGCAACGAAGGUCCAUUCUGAGGGACACUGGACAGUUACAAUGACCAUUCCAAGAAAGUAAUUGAGAAUUGCACAACAGAGCUGACCUUUCCUUACCUUGAUUUUUUGUUCUUUGAGUACCAAUAUGUUUUAGUUGGAUCCUUUCCAACACUUGAGCUGUGAUUUGACCUUGCCUUGAUGGAUUACCUGUGAUUGAUUCUCUCAGUCCACAUUGCUUCAUUCUGGUCCUCUCAUUUAUUACCAUUCCUGCUCUUUCUUCUGGUCGGAAUGAACGUUUAUAUGUGCACGACAAUAAAUGGAUGAUGUAUGAUAAAUAUA